AUGCUGCCCCAGUCCUCAGAGUGGAUUGAAACUCGUCUAUUCCGUCCAAAGAUAGCAACUGCGAAGGUCUCUGAUAGAGGACUUAAACGAGGUAGCUUCAGGAAUAUGUCAGAGAAAGCAUUAUUCGGUAAAACUGGUCCUGAAUAUCUUGGCGAACCUCCAACAAAUUCAUUAUACGAUAUUACUCUUCACGAAUCAGUCAGCGAUUUAUCAUCGGUUUCUUCUGGGUGGAUAACAGUUUACGGAAAUUCAACUAUUUCCAAAAAUGAACUAAUUCACUACUUUAUUAAAUAUGGAGAAAUAAUUAGUGUCGAGUAUCAGGCGUGCAACUGGAUCUCGCUUGAAUUUUCAAAGAGGACUGAGGCCGAACGCGCAGUUAAGGAAAAUUCAAAGCCAAUUUUGAUAUAUGGUAGAUCAGCGGUAUUUGCACGAAUGGGAAGACAUCAAGCGAAUAAAGAGAAUGAAGAGCAAGAAGAAAUACAAGAAUUAGACACUUUAGAGAGCACCGAAGAACUGUCACUUCUAACUCAGAUACAGCUAUUCUUGGAGUCACUUCUUUACAUGUUUAUAUAA